AUGGGGUGGUCUGGCCUAUUGCUCUUAGCCAAUAUCUUUCUAACCUUAUGGCUUUCUACUGCCAAAGUAGAGGUGUUACUUUGUGAUUUUCCAAAAAUAAGCCAUGGAUUACUAUAUGAUGAAAAGAAAUAUGAUCCACUUUCACCUGUUCUUAGUGGGAAGGUUUUCUGCUACUCCUGUGAAUAUAAUUUUGUGUCUCCUUCAAAUUCCUUCUGGACUCCAAUAACGUGCUCAGAAACAGGAUGGUCACCAACACCAAAGUGUCUCAAUUCAACAAAGACAUGUGGGCCCCCUCCACCUAUUGACAAUGGUGACAUCACAUCCUUCCCUCUACCAGUAUAUGCACCGUUAUCAUCAGUUGAAUAUCAGUGCCAGUCCUUGUACCAACUGCAGGGCAACAAGACAAUAACAUGUAGAAAUGGAGAGUGGUCUGAGCCACCAAAAUGUUUAG